AUGGACAUAUUUUGUAGACUACUAUUAAUAGUUGUGUUGACCGUGAACGUGCAAGUAUGUGAGUCUCUGACUCAAUGUUUAACAGGGUGCAGUUGCGUGGCAGACCGUAAUGGCAGGUCACUUAUAUGCAUGGAGGAGAGUGCCUUCGGAGCCAUACCGGACAACAUUCCGGUAGACAUGAUCAAAAUCCGCAUAGAAAAGUCUCAUUUCACCGAAGUCCCCAAGGGAGCCCUCUUAACCGUCCCAAACCUGGAAAACCUGUGGUUGAACUUUAACGACAUCACUCUGAUCAAUUCAAAGGCUUUAGAGGGAUUAAGAAACCUGUCCGAGUUACGUCUCCAAGGCAACAGGCUACGAUCGGUGCCGUGGACGGCCUUCGAAGACACGCCCGCGCUCAAGAUCCUGGACCUGAAGCACAACCAGCUAGACGUGUUGCCCGAACACGCGCUAAAAUACCUGCCCGGUCUGACCUACUUAGACCUCUCUUUCAACCAGCUCUCGGUCAUCUCGAGGGAAGUCUUCCUAAACUGGCCGCUCUACCAGAGAAUACAGAGCACGAGCGGCCAGGAGACCAACCACCAAGGGCCCAACGUCGUGCUGGCGCUGCAUGACAACCCGUGGCUCUGCGACUGCCGUCUGGCGGGCUUCGUGGAGUUCGCCAAGUCUCUUGGCCCGCCCAUCCUCCUGAUGAACUCCUACUUGACCUGCUCGGGUCCGGACGUCAGAGCGGGGAAGUUCUUCCACGAGACGGAGCUGGAGAGGUGUUUGAGGCCCGUGGUCUCCACCCCAUUCACCAACAUCAGCAUGCCCCUGGGGGCGAACAUCACCCUGCAGUGCAUGGCGCGCGGCCGGCCCAAGCCCGCGGUGUGGUGGACAUAUGGCCUGAAGAUAAUCAGAGGAUUUCGCGAAUCCCAGGAAUGGAUCUCGGCCGACAUCAUCAGAACCAGCCUGGUCAUCCCCGCCCUGCACCCCGUGGACCGCGGCCUCUACACCUGCAGCGCCCUCAACUUCCUGGGCAACUCCUCUGUCAGCAUCGCCCUGGAGGUGCUCCACUCUCCCUCCUCCUCCUCCUCCUCCUCCUCCGACGCCAAGUCGCCGUCGUCCCCCAACGGCCCCCGGCCCCGCUCCGGCCUCCCCGUGCCCGGCGGCGGCGGCGGCGGCGAGGAGGACAACGUGUACAUCGACAUCCGUAUCGCCAAGCAGACGGUGCGCGGCAUCAGCAUCGAGUGGUACGCCACGCUGGAGCGGCCCUCGGAGACCUGGUUCACGGUGCACCUGGGCCGCGCCGACGGGGCCCCCGGCGCCCGGGAGGCGGUGCACGUGGGGCCGGGCCUCAACGCCUACGCCGUGUCCGACCUGCUGCCCGCCACCAAGUACGACAUCUGCGUCACGCUGCAGAACCGCAGCCCGCGGCCGGGCCAGUGCCUGGUGUUUGUGACGGGCAGUGACGUCACGGAGAAGGAGCAGCGGGAGAAGCUGAUCCACAUCGUGGUGAUCGUGCUGGCCAUGGUGCUGGCCGUGCCGGCGGGGAUGUACGCGUGCACCACGGACGCCAAGCUGGCCUGCCCCGAGGGCGUGGCGAAGGCCUGGAGGAACAGGCAGCAGAGGGCUGGGGAUCGGGGGGGAGCCGGCAGGGAGAGGGAGAGCACGUUUGAUAGCCUGCAGGCGGCCAGCGACGAGGGACUGGUGAACAGGGAGUCCAGCGAAGACCGAAAGGUGAGGAGGAGGUCUGAAGAUAGGGGGCUGAAGAACAAAAUGGCGGACCACUGCAGACUCACUGCGGAACUGUAUUAG